CAGCGCACCCAUCCUGCCGUGGAGCCGUGAGCGUGGAGCCGCGAGGAGCGCACAGACACACACACACGGAGAGAGAGAGAGCGAGAGAGAGCCACAGUCAGAAGAUGGACGGAGUGGGAUCGUUCGGAGCGGGCCGGGCCGGAGCCACUAUCGACCCGAUUGCCUUUGCAAAACAGCCGCAGACCAUCCUCCGAGUGCUGUCCUGGAUAUUCUCCCUGGUGGUCUUUGCCUCCAUCGUGAACGAGGGUUACGUUAACUUCGGCAGCGAGCGUCUCCACUGUGUCUUCAACCAGAAUGCUGACGCGUGCAACUACGGCGUGUUCAUGGGCAUGGUGGGCCUGCUGGCGUGCUCCUUCUUCUUCCUGCUCGACUACAAGUUCUCCUCCAUCAGCUCCGUCAAAGACAGAAAGAAGGCCAUCAUGCUGGAAAUCGGCUUCUCGGGUGUCUGGACUUUCCUGUACUUUGUAAGUUUCUGCUUCCUCGCUAAUCAGUGGUCACGGACCUCACCUGAUGAUCUGCCGCUCAACCAGGGGGCAGAUGCAGCUCGGGCGGCCAUCACCUUCUCUUUCUUCUCUAUAAUCACCUGGGCUGGUCUAACAGUGCGUGCAGUCCAGAAGUAUCUGCUCGGCACAGACAUGACUCUGUUCACCACGGAGCACAUGGACGGCGGCGCACCCACCCAGCCUUACCCCUCCAACUCACCAGUAGGUGCCACCACCGAGACCACAGAGACCUACCAGAGCCCGCCCUUCACCGAGAACAACGCAGCACCCACGUACCAGGUUCCCAUUUACUAGAAGUGAAAGACCUGAAGAAGAAGGUUAGGAGAGGAAGAGGAGGAAAGUAAUGGAGAAUUGCUUCCUGCGAUGUUAAACCUGCAGUUGUUUGCGUGUUUAUCCGGGCUGAGUUUUUCAAAAAUGGUUGAACAUCGGCCUCGCCUUCUUUGUUUCCUCUUCUUGUAUCCUUCCCUUCCUUGACAUUCCAGCUUUUUCUGCACUUUUUCUAGACCUCUAUUAUGAACAGCAUUUCCUGUUUUAGCACACCCAGUGUUGUCAGAUGAAGAGCAGAUGAGAAAAAGAGAAAACAAGAGGAGGAAAUGUAGAGGAGGAGGCCGCUGUGCUGUGUUUCAAACACAAGAAUAUGAAAGAGAUGAAGGGAUCAACAGGUGUGUGACUCAACCACAAAGCAGCAUUCGACAGAAAUAGUGCAUAAGGCGUUCACAUACAGCACCUUCAUCGUUUUCUUCUCCUUCAUUCAAGUGUUAAAUCCCCUUUUCAUGCCAAACAGUACGGGGAAUGUGAUUUUUUUAUUUUCACCUCCCUCUUUUCCCCCGCUGCAGUUAGAAGUGAUCCUGUGUGUUGAAUCUGCAUGUUUCCAAACUUAGACAACAACUAAGUGCCAUACUGUAACGUGUGUCUCAGACAGUGACUUAAUUUAGUAGAUUUUUCACAUGCUGUAAGAAAACAACAACGACGAUGUUUUGUGACCAAGUGCAAUAUCUCAACUUCUCAUGUAGGUCUGUAGGUAGGUGUGUUAUGUACUGUAGGUCGGCUAUUCACUCUCAGAUUUGAAAAAAAAAAAAAUGUAGACACUGUCUCAAAUGACAUACUAGUUUCCGAUUGUGAUAACACAUUUCAGGCUCAUUUUUAAAUUAGAAUAUUUGAUCUGACUUUAAUUGAGCUUCUCAGAUAAGAAGAGUUGCCGUGUGGCGGCCUGAGGGAACAUUUCAUCCGCUUGUUGCCAAUGUAGGUACUAUAAGUGUUCACCAAGCAACUUUAAUAUCCUCUCAUCAAAUAUUAUAGUCUUCCUGUAUGUAGUGGAAAGUUUCUCUUAAACACAAUUUAAAUAAAAAACAGUGCUGUGAUGCAAAAAGUUCCUAACAUUGGCACAGAAGCUGGAUCUGUGCGGUUCCAGUUCAUUACUAAAACAACGGGCAGUUUCUCCAGGUUGUUCAUUCGGGGAAACUUUUAAUCCACGUUGAAUAACUAUCGAGUGUUGUGUUUCUGUGCCAGGCAGGCAUGGAUUACUGAAUUGGCUUAGCGAGCACAGGAGCCACCUGACCCCCCAUGGGCCAGAAACUCUGUUUGAUGUGACUUUGAACAUUUUGGGUUGGAAUGUCAGACAAAGAAAAAAAAAAAGCAUCUACAAAGAUAAAAUGACAACAAAGAGACAAAAAAUGAUGUACAACAAAACUGCAAAGAAACACAACAUACAAGGAGAAACCUAGAAAUACACAAAUUAACUAAAAGAGACAAAAACCUUCUUUGGAGAGACACAAAAUGGCAUCUACUGGGGUCUUACUUCUGCCUCUGAGAAGUGGGCGGCCCGGUGUGCGUCUGUUCCAAAAAGGCCUGUUGUGUUACAUUUCCUUUAUGUUUGUGGUGUGUUAUUUGAGACAGCCGUAUGUGGAGUGCUGUGCGUGUUAAAACGGGGCGAGUUGGGGGGAUUCUGGGGAAGUCAGGUCUUUUUACGUUUACUCUUUAGAAGCUGCCAAACUGCCCUGUUUCCUUAUUGCUGUCUUUUUAUUACCACGUCACUACGAUGAUGUUAAUGUCCAUUUUUACGUGAUCACAGAGCAGAGAGGGGCCACAGAUGAGGAUUCAGUCUCAGGCAAAGAAAAAAAAAAUCUCUUUAUUGGAUAAGGAUAGCUAGCUGGCUAAUUCAUUGAUCCUGCUGAUGAGGUGGUGGGGGGGGGGGGGGGGGGGGUUGGAAUUUGUUGCCAUGGUGACAAAGACAGGGUUGGGUGGAUGAGAGUCACUCGAAGGCCCCCCGAUGAAGAUAGUAACCAUGACAACUAUGUCGGUGUGUAGCAGUGUCUUUGUUGUGGUUCACGUACACUCGCCAUCAGACAACCUGUAGAUUUAGUGUGUGUGUGUGAGAGAGAGAGAGAGCGAGAGAGAGAGAGAGACAUGUGCACAUGUGUUAGCAUGCCUGAGAGACGCGUGGGUCUGCGUGAACAUGUGUGAACGUGUGUUGAUGUGUAAAAAGUUUUUGUGGUGCAUAAAAGUUAUUUUCUUGAACAUGUGUUUGUCAAAGUUUUAGGAGGAAAUCAAACAUGUGUUAUAAAGUUUUAUCGUUUCCCCCCACUGUAAAAAAAAAAAAGUAUUUCUGCUUAAUAUGUUAUCAGUUAGCUUAAAAGUAUAAAAGUAAGAUUUUUCUUUACAUAACGGAGUCAAAAUGAACCCCAAAAAAAACUGUAAGUGAUAUAAUUGACCUGUAGAAUGCCUGAUUUUCUUACAGCUCAUGUAUGAACAGUGCCCUCUGCAGAACAGAGUAGGUACUGCAGCAUCAGGACAUCUGGCUUUAUUGAAGAAAUCAUGAGAAUAAACGCAUGGAAAUAUUGUAUAGAACUCAUUAUAUAUUGAAUACUAUGUCAUUCUCAACUUGAAAAUAUAGAAUAUGCUUUACAACGUGAGAUCCAGCCAACAGUGCAGCAGACAGGAUUGUCUCUCGUUUUAUUUAUCGUCCUUUAAAGUCCUGGAAAAAGACAAGAGACUUCAGAGAGAGAGACCCCCAGAGUCCAGGACUGUUAGCUGCUCCACACAACCGUUUCAGAAUUCCACUUCAAGUCCUUAAAAAAAAGUUGUAUUUAAGAGCAGAAUGGUUUAUCUACUUUCUAAAAAAGCAAAGCUGAAACUCACAAUAAAAAAGAAGAAGAAGAAGAAGUGAGAAGAGUGUUAGAAAAAAAUGAUUAUGAAGUAGUCUUAUGAAACAGAGCCACUAAAAGAUUUACCUGUGAACUUUUUCUUUUUCAAGAUGAAUCACCAAACUAUCGUUGGGUUCAUAGUUAAAUAGGUGAUUUAAAAAAAAACAGGAUAAAAUAACGGCAUUUUCCUGUCAGGAUUUGGGUUUGGGAAAGGGUGCCAACACCUCGAGUUUUAAUGGGCGGGGUUUUGGUACCAUCAAAUCUCUCUGAUACAUAAUAAAGGACUAUACUUUGUAGUUUUUCAUGUUGUAGGCUUUUACCUUCAGGCAGUGUGAACAAUGAGACAGAUGGCUUCCUAAAAAGAAACGGAUCCUCUAAACUGCCUGUUGUUGUCUUUAUGCUAAUAUCACACCAGUACCAGUGGUUUUUGUUUAUCGCUCAGGUUUCACAUCUAGACUACAAAGUGUGUGAAUGCAAAGAGUUUUGAAAUGCUCUCUUUAAGGGAGCCUCUGCAAACCCCAUUUCUAUGCUAUCUAUGGUCAUUUAAACAUCAGUAGCCUAUUUUACCUCCUUACAUAGCGUCAUUGUUGGUGGUGAAGUUCGGCAGAAGUUACCGGAUCAAAUAAAAAAAAAGUUCUUGCAUUCUCACAGUGAGGAAAUCAAUUCACAACAUCGUGGCAUGCUUUUGAAAAUGUCGGUAAUAAUAUGAAGUAUGGAUGAGUUUGCUAGAAUGUGAAAAACACCAGUAUAGUUCUUUAAAUCUUGUAUGAAAGGUCUGCUGGUUACCUGUAAACUGGUUAGGCCAAAGGGAGGGAGGGGGAGGGGGGAGGGGGGAGGGGAGGGUAUUAAUGGGGGAUAUUAGGUACUACUGGGGUACUAUUGGGUAGUUUGGGGUACUGUGAGGUCAGGUCGUGUUAUUGUUCUCAGUGCUUCAGUCUCUUCUUCAGUACGUGUGGUAGAUAAAAACGAUAAUAAAAAGCAUUCUCUGUUUUAUGUUCUGGCCCAUGUACACUACUGUGGUAUUAUUGGUUGAUUGUAAAACUCAGUAUGUUAUUGAAGUAAAUGGAACCUGUGUGUGA